AAGCAGCCGGAGCGCUCCGUACCGCCUCUCCGGGCUGAGCCGCUCCCGCAGAGCCGCGAGGAGGGAGGGCAGCUUCGGCAGGAUGCUCCCCAUCGUCCUCGAAGUGCUGGGCAGCCUCCUGGCCUGGCUGUGCCUCUAUGCUGCUUUCUGCCUCUGGAACAGGCAUCGCCCCCCCGAGUGGAACUGCCGCCUGGUCACCCUGCUGCAUGGGGCCAUCGCCACCUGCCUGUCCGGGUACAUCGCCCUCUGGGACGGCCCCUGGCCUCUGAGCCAUGCAGGCUCACCAAACACCUCUCUCCAGGUCCACGUGCUGUCCCUGACGCUGGGUUACUUCAUCUUCGACCUGCUCUGGUGCUUGUACUUCCAGACAGAGGGAGACCUGAUGCUGCUCCAUCACACGCUCAGCAUCUGCGGCAUGGUGCUGGUGCUGGGGUUGGGCAAGUCUGCCACCGAGGUCAAUGCAGUGGUGUUUGUCAGUGAGAUCACCAACCCGCUGCUGCAGACCCGCUGGUUCCUGAGGGAGAUGGGCCUCUACCACUCCUUCCUGGGGGAGGUGGUGGAUUUCUGCUUCGUGCUCCUCUUCCUGGUGCUGCGCAUUGGCGGAGGAGCUCUGAUCAUGUAUGCCAUGGUGACGGCCCCGGAUCCCAACUGGAUCCUUAAAGGGGGAGGACUGGCCAUGUACAUCGUGUCCUUGGGGUUCAUGAUUGAGAUCUGCCGCUUCGUUAGGAGGAAGAUGUUGAAAAAGUACCAUUCCUGGACGCGUCCGAGGAGUGUGGAUGCAUCCAUGAAAACAAAUGGGCACUCAGCAGCUCACUGACAGUGGCUGUGGAUGGGAUCCUGGCUGCUGGAGCCUGUAACUGUGACAAGAGCUCCUAAAAGUGGCGUGGAAAUGACACCCUGGCACUGGCAGCUCUCUACAAGCCCUGGGGAAGAUGGAUGGUCACUCAGCAUGUGGGAAAGCUGACCAAAUAGGGAUUUCAGUGGGAACGCAAGGAACAUGGCGUGUCUGCUGAGCUGCUUCCUCUUCCAGCCCUUAAUGCACAGCCUGCAGUGGGGCUGUGCCAGACGCAUCCACAGUGCACAGACUGACUUAUCUAUGAUUGUGUUGGAGGCAGUGUUAUCUCACGGUGCAUUUGGAAUACCUGAUCUGGAACAUCUCACCCACUCCCCAGUGGAGCCAGGCACGGGUGUGACCCAGCCAGGAUGUACUCAGCGUUGUUCUCUCUUCAAAUAGGACAAAACAUUGGACCAAGUGCUUGAAUGAGAGCUUGUUCACAAGGCUGAAGUGCCCAUAAGGGGACGGUGGGGUUGUCCUUGGUGUGAAGUAAUGGUGCUGUGGUUCGUGAGGGUGAGGCAAUGUUCUACCUCAUUGUUUUUAGCAAUACAUUUCCUUCUUUUUAAUACUUGCAUUCAAGGAGAUAGUGAUCUCAGAGCAGUGUGACUCCACUGGGUUGGACAGAACACACCUCUGUUCCUUGCAAACAGAGGUCUGGAACCAGGCUUGUGUCAAACACCUCCUCAUGGAGUGCAUUACCUCGCCUUGCACUGAUUUCAGAAACUCAGGUGCUGUGUGUGUGAGGGCUGACAGACAAAGCAUCCAGAGAGGGUUCUGCUCUGUCUUGCUGCAGGCCAGGAAUGCUGAAUGCAAGGCUGACAGGAGUCUGGUGUUUAUUUCCAGGGGUGACAGUGAUGUUGAGGUGGAUCUCAGUGUGACAUCACUCCGUACAGUUCUCAGCAUAUGGAUCAGUUCUCUUCUUUACCUCUCAGAAUCGUGUUCUGACUUUCCCCUGGGGUUGUAAUGUGAAUUUCCCAUGACUUGUGUAGCAGCAUCCUGCUGGAGUUCCAGAGCCCCUGCAGCCUCUGGUGGCCUUUGUCACACGUGUCACUGCUGUGGGGUGCAGGAGGGGAGCAGCUGCGUCACCUCUCUGCCUUUAUCUUGCUAGCUGGGCUCUGCUCAGCACUGAUAGCUGGCCUGCAAGGUGUCUGGAGAGAUAAAAGCUAAUAGCAUGAAUGAACUGAACAUUAGGUGUGUCCUCUGGAUGCCACGCAGACCCCAGGCACACAGCAGGUCUGUGGGGUUGGGCAGAUGGAGCCUGGCACUCCUGGGAGGAGGGCACUUUGGAGUCAUGGGCUGCUGUGAGAGCUCCCUGGAGAUCAGACUUCCAAUAAAGUUGCAUUCUCAUUUUAAAAGGGAA